CUCGCCCCAGCGCGCAGUGAGCUCGAGCAGCAGCCGCUCUACCCGUCCUGGAGCUGGAGAGAACAGUUAGCUUAGCUUCGCUUAGCUUAGCUUAGCUAUCUCGGCUGAACAUGGCCGCUGUGUUACCAGUCAGACCGCCCUGCGAUAGCAACCCUGCCACUCCCGGAGCACAGUCAAUUAAGGAGGAUGUGACAGAGGAGGAGUCCAAUGAUGGAAGCCAGCCUCCCAAGAGGAGGAGGAUGGGUUCAGGCGACAGCUCCCGGAGCUGCGAUACCUCCAGCCAGGAGCCUGGUCCAACAUAUUUCCCAGCAGAGAACCUGACAGAGUACAAGUGGCCGGCAGAUGACACAGGAGAGUACUACAUGCUGCAGGAGCAGGUCAGCGAAUACUUGGGCGUCACCUCCUUCAAGAGGAAGUACCCUGACUUGGAGAGGAGAGACCUGUCCCACAAGGAGAAACUCUACCUGCGUGAACAGAAUGUCAUCACUGAGACGCAGUGCACUUUAGGUCUGACAGCCCUGCGAAGUGACGAGGUGAUAGAUCUGAUGAUAAAGGAGUAUCCCACCAAACAUUCAGAAUACUCAGUCAUACUGCAGGAGAGAGAGAGACAGAGAAUAGCCAAAGAGUACUCUCAAAUGCAGCAGCAGAACCCUCAGAAGGUGGAGGCCAGCAAGGUUCCGGAGUACAUCAAGAAAGCAGCCAAGAAGGCGGCAGAGUUCAACAGUAACUUCAACAGGGAGCGCAUGGAGGAGCGGAGAGCUUACUUUGACCUCCAGACACAUAUUAUCCAGGUGCCCCAGGGCAGGUUCAAGGUCCUGGCUCCAGAGCUGACCAGAACGGGGCCCUUCCCAGUCGCCCUCAUACCAGGACAGUUCCAGGACUACUACAAGAGGUACUCCCCCAACGAGCUCCGAUACCUGCCGUUAAACACGGCUCUGUUUGAGCCUCCUCUUGAUCCAGAGCUUCCCGCGCUGGACUCUGAACCCGACUCGGAUGACGCUGAGGACGGCAAGGAUGACAAAAAGAACAAGAACUCAUCUGAUAGCUCUUCAGGCAACACAUCAGAUGUGGAGAGCCAGGAGGGAGGAGGAGGGCAGAGCCACAAGUCCAAGGCCAAGGACAGGACAGCCACGCCAGGCAAGGAUGGCACACAGCGCCACCUUGCCUCCCACAAAGCAGCCGCCACCCCAGGGUACAAGCCUAAGGUCAUUCCCAAUGCUAUAUGUGGCAUUUGCCAGAAGGGUAAAGAAGCCAACAAGAAAGGCAAGCCAGAGGCUCUCAUUCACUGCUCCCAAUGUGACAACAGCGGCCACCCGUCUUGCUUGGACAUGAGCGAGGAGCUGGUGUCGAUGAUCCAGACGUACCGCUGGCAGUGUAUGGAGUGUAAGACCUGCACCGUGUGCCAGCAGCCGCACCACGAGGACGAGAUGAUGUUCUGUGACAAAUGUGACCGAGGAUACCACACCUUCUGUGUCGGCAUGGACUCUAUACCCAUGGGUCUCUGGGUGUGUGAGUUGUGUGAGAAAGAUGUCACCACUCCCAAGAAGAAGGGAGGAGCCAAAACACCCAAGAAGCCCAAGUCGGCUCAGAAGUGACGAGCAUGUCUCCCUCCAGGCACCAGCACGUGCCACAAGACUGCAGCUACGUUCUCCCUGCGUUCCCUCAGUUUCCAAACACAUGCAGACUCAUAAGCUAUCACGAACGAGGGUGGAAGUUUAAUCUCAGAUCGGCCUGUUUGGAGCGUAACCACCCGAAAACCUGAGGAUAACCACUGACUGACGAAGUUUAACACUUCAACAUCAUAUCUGAGUGAGAAACAACUUUAGUAUCAAACACCAAUCAAAUCCAGUACAUUUAUUGAACUGUUGUGGACUUACACACUCAGUUUUGACCACUGGACAUAUAAAUUUGAAAUAAUGAAUUGAAAUCUAUUUUGCAAAUUGGUGAGAUUGACCAUCCUGUGGAAAGGAAAAAAUAAAACUUUCUGACAGGGCUCCUGGUAGCAAACAUUAAGUCUGGUACUUGCUAUCCAUUAUCAAUAUCAGUUCAUCUCUGCUUAGUUAUUAUUUUUUUUUGAUAUUAUUUUAAUCUUGAAGUUUGUCUCAACUCUACACAGCCAACUUAGGCCUGUUUAUUUGUUAUUUGUUAUUUGCUAUUUACGUAUUUACGGUACUUUCCACCAAAGCAGAAUUUUCUGUGAUUCUCAGUGUGUUUUGUUGCCAGAAAAGAUAAACUUUUUGCUUUUUUUGGGUCAGAUAAACUCAUGGUGCUUUGGAUUCUGCUGUAUCAUAAAUAUGUGAGUUGACUCUUGGUUAUGUUUUUAAAAUAUGACCAGCAGCCAGGCUUCCACCGCAGAAACAAACUGUGUUAGCAAGAGCUCACUCAUUAUUUAUGUCACCUACUAUCUUUCACAACAUUUCAUGUAUGGAUUUUUUUCUUACUUAAUUAUUUUUUUGUAUCAUGAAAACAUAACAAUUUGUCAGCUGGCUACAUUUUGUAUUUGUAUUUACUUUGUAUUUAAUUAGGCAGGUCAGUAAAGAACAAUCUUAUUUAAACAAAAAAAAAAAAAAAAUGUGUUAAAAAAUUAGCGAAGGUGCUUGUGACCCUGUGUUAUGUAUUAGACUCUGCUUUUGGCCCCUGGCGAGCCCCAGGGGACCAGUGACGGACCAAGACCGCGGUUUAGACAACCGUCCUCGCUGCAUUGUCAUGCAACUCUCGACUACUAGAAUAAUAAAGUGUCUCACUUUACACGUUGGUUUCCUCUUGGAGAAUCCAUCCAGUAUUGAUUUUUAUACUGAACAUAUGUCAACUAUAUCCACUCACUGUAAGGCGCUCUGAUCAAUCAACUGUAAUCAGUUUGAUGGAAGUUUUGGCUUUUUUUUUUUUUUUUUUCGUUUUAUUUUGAAGUUGUCAUCCUGCAGUGAACCAGCUGGACAUGUACUGUGUAUAUGGAAUAUUUGUUGCUAAUAAUGUCAGAGUCACUGAAUUCCUUUUUUCCAAUAAAAGUGUGUUUUUUUUUAAUGA